UCUUUCAUCGUGUGAGUCAACAAGAAGUAGCCUCGACACUGGAGGAAACUAGGAAACAUUGGACCUCUGCUUGUUGGACGAGAAGGAGGAGGAGGUGUCUUGUCUGCCCGCCUGCUCUCUCUCUCUCUCUCUCUCUCUCUCUCUCUCUCUCUCUCUCUCUCUCUCUCUCUCUCUCUCUCUCUCUCUCUCUCUCUCUUUCCCCAUUUCUCUCUCUCUCCCUCUCUCUCAAUCAGCGAGGCUACUGCCACCAGAGCCAAGAGUUGCCGUUCCGCGCACCGAUGCCAAAACGCACAGGAGGAGUCAGUGCCAAAGGGUCAUUUUAGCGCACCGCUGCUGAAAAGGAAGGACUGUAGGGAAUCGUAGAAUAAACAGCAGCAUUUUGACCCCAGAUGAUACAAUCAUAUCAUUAGAAUAAAGGAAAGAAUUGAGGGGAAGGAGCCAAAUAAGACUCUGUAUACGCAUCACCGGUGGAGCCACCGCGGUCGCUGCAGAGGUGGGCAGUCCGGGAUUUUUUAUCUUCGAAAGGUCAUUGCAGAAACAUACCUGCGCGUUUAUCAGCUCACCGGCCGCCACUGCCUCUUAAAUCUCAACUUUGGCUUCCUCAAUCCAGGUGUUGCUUCCUGAAAAGACGCUGCGUGCAGGACAUUGUGGACACACUGCUCUUCCAUCCUUCUUGCGCUCCUGUCCGACUCCUCUUUUACCUUUACCACGCGCCUCAAAGUUGUCAGACUGUGAACAGUUGAGGGAUUAGGAAAAAAGGGGGAAAGUUUGUCACCUGAGCUCCAGAGAGGACCGACACCACGGUCCAAGCCGACUCCAAGUGCCGUUCACCGGGCGAUGCCAGAGUAAAUGCCGGGGCAAUGUCCCGCCGCAAGCAGGUGAACCCACAGCACUUAUCACUGACGCACAGGGAGACAAUACAAGCAGACGCCAAUCAUGACUCAGGGGCGGGAUCUCCUUCUCCAGAGCCGUCCAGCCCCAGCCCGAGGAGAGUGGGACCCGGGGAGCAUGACCUCCUGACCUGUGGCCAAUGCCAGACCAACUUCCCUCUGGGUGAAAUCCUGGUUUUCAUCGAGCACAAGCGUCGUCUGUGCCGAGGGUUGGGGAGCAGACCAGGCACCUACUCAAAACCAGGGGAAAGUGGCGGGCUAGCGGGAAUCCAUAUCUCUCCUAGGGCCCGGUCACUGGAGCUGGGCAGAGGGUCCAUUCCGGUGGAGGUGGGCAUCCAGGUGACCCCUGGAGGGGAGGACGAUGACCAUAGAAGGAUGACACCGGCGAGGGGAAUCUGCCCCAAACAAGAAAGAGGAGAUAAGAAUGAGCCAUCCAGCUACAUCUGCACUACCUGCAAGCAGACUUUCACCAGCGCCUGGUUCCUGCUCCAGCACGCCCAGCACACUCACGGCAUCCGCAUCUAUCUGGACAACCACCCAAUCAACUGCUCCCUUACUCCCCGCAUGGCUCUGCCUCCACCACCCUGCCCUGAUGCCCUGGCCCGCUCCCCUCUCCCCACUUUCCUUGGUGACACCAACAACCCAUUCCACCUCCUCCGCAUGGCUGCGCCCCUGCUCAGGGAACAUCCCCCUCCCCCAGGGUACUUGGAGACCCGGCUGCCUGCGACACCACCCUUUAUCAGCCCCCCUCCACCCCCUAGACCUCCCCUAGAGCGGCUGGGCCCAGAGGAGAUGGGGCUGCUGUCACAGCACCCCAGUGCCUUUGAGAGGGUGAUGCGGCUGGCCCCCAUGGACCCUCCAUCCAUGGACUUCUCUCGACGCCUGAGGGAGCUAGCCGGCAACACGACCAAUAAUGGUGGGCCAACACCUCCUCUUUCCCCCAACCGCGUGCCACCUAUGCACCGCUUGUUGAGUCCAACGCUAUUCCAGCCUGGUGCUAAGCCUCCAACAUUUCUAACCUAUUCCCCACAGCCGCCAACUUCUCAGGGGGGACACGGUUCUUCAAGUCCUCCAGAUCCACAGGGACAGAACCAGACCCCAGGCAAGUCCAAGUCCUGUGAGUUCUGUGGCAAGAUCUUCAAGUUCCAGAGCAACCUGAUUGUCCACAGACGCAGUCACACGGGAGAGAGGCCGUACAAGUGUCAUCUGUGUGAUCACGCCUGUUCCCAGGCCAGCAAGCUCAAGAGGCACAUGAAGACACAUAUGCACAACAAAUCUGGGUCCAUGAGUGGCUCCCCAGAGCAGGGAAACAGAGGAGAGGGAGGAGAGGGGGAAGAAAAGAGUAGGGAGGGGGAUUCAAGCAGAAUGGUGAUGGACAAUGAGGAGGAGGAGGAGGAAGAGGAGGAAGAAGAAGAGGAAGAAGAGGAAGAGGAGGAGGAAAUGAGGAAUGGAAGUCGGCCAGAUUCCAACUUAAGUGAGGACUCUCAGGAGUUCCGCCCAAAUCGGGAGAACGGCCCAAGGCAGUCUCCCGUGGAGAAGCCCCUGAGCGGGGACAGAGAAAAUGACAGUGGCGGGGUGGGCAUCAUUCACCCGUAUAACCACCUGGACAAUCACCUGAGACUAAACCCCAACAAGAGAAGCAUGGAGAGACAACCCAACGGAGAUGGAGGAGAGAGGGGUGAAGCAGAAAGAGGCAGAGACAACGAGAGGGUGCAGGACAGAGAGCGAGAGCGAGAAGAGGAGGAUGAGCACAGGCCCCUGAUGAACGGCAGAAUCAGUGUAUCCGAAGCAGACUCAUUCCCUGGGCUGUUCCAGCGUCGGCCCACCCCCAUCACCAGCCCGAACCCCUCCAACAACAAGAGGAUCAAGAUUGAGAAGGAACAGCUGGAGCUUCCCCCAACCAUUCCCCUUAUCUCCCCAGAGAAUGUCUACUCACAGCUCUUGGCUGGCUACGCUGCGUCACGCCACUUCAUCAGAGAACCCUUCUUGGGAUUCACAGAUUCCCGUCAGUCGCCGUUCGGCACCUCCUCCGAGCACUCCUCCUCAGAGACGGGGAGCCUUCGAUUCUCCACCCCGCCUGGGGAACUGAUGGAAGGAGGGAGCGCCUCGGGCCGAAGCGGAAGCAGCACUCCCCAUCUCCUGCGGGGACCUGGACCCGGCAGGCCCCCAAGCUCUAAGGACAGGAGGAACGACACCUGUGAGUACUGUGGCAAGGUGUUCAAGAACUGCAGCAACCUGACAGUGCAUCGACGCAGCCACACAGGGGAACGACCCUACAAGUGCGACCUGUGCAGCUACGCCUGUGCCCAGAGCUCCAAGCUGACGCGCCACAUGAAGACCCACGGGCAGUUCGGGAAGGAGGUGUACCGCUGCGACAUCUGCCACAUGCCCUUCAGUGUGUACAGCACGCUGGAGAAACACAUGAAGAAGUGGCACGGGGAACAUUUGAUGGCCAGUGAGGUCAAACUAGAGCAGGCGGACAGAGGUUAAGCCAGCAAACAUUAGUUUAACAGCCGACAGCGUACACAAGCAAACUCUCACACAUACACACACACACACACAUGCAAACACAAAAUCCCUAUAACCACUUCUUCAGCUAUGGGGCUUGGCUGGAAAUCUCUCUCUUAAAAAAAUGAGACUGAUUGAUGUUCAUGUUUUUUUCUUGUCACAAAAACUGCCACCUGAGAAUAUAAACAAAGGGAAACUUUAAUGAAAACUUGUCUGGAACGCCGUGCUUGGUGUUUCUUGGCAAACUGUCUGAGGAUUUUAUCAGUUAGGAAUCCAUGGAGCCUUUCUACUGUGCAAUAAUUUCUGUAUUUAUUGGAUUUUUGUAAUGAUAUUUGGCAUGUGCAGGUACAUCUUUGUGGGAUUUCAUAUGGAGUUAGUUUUAAAAUGUGCUAAACAUUUUUUUUUUCUAAAAUGAGAUAACUGGAAAGGAGUCACCCUUAAUACAAAUUUUCUUUUUUUUUUGUUCCUUUAAGGAAGCUUAUUAUCAUGUGAGAGUAAAAUUGUGUGAAGCAGUUAGCUUUUAAAAGUAAAAACAAUUGUUUUCUAUAUUAUGAACUGCAGCAGCGGACUACAAUCCAUUCCCUCAAACAGGCCUAAAGCACUGAAUGUCAGCCUGACAAUAAAACACGAUGCUGGAUUUAAAAAAUCCGACAUUAUCUUAGAGACCUGAUUAGUUACUUUAAAUUGAUUCAGGGAGUUUGUCCUUUUUAAAUAUUGGCUUGUGACUAAUUAUUUUCAAAUGCAGUAACUGUAUUGCCGUCCUUGCUUUAGUCAGGACGUAAAUAAAGGUUGCACUUAACGGAGGUACCCUUAACUGAUGCUCAGUACAUUCCCAAUGUAGGAUUAAACCACCCUAUUUAAUACGAUGAAUAAGUUAAGACUACUUGUGAUUGAUGUGAGAAGGAGAACAGUCCUGUUUAUGUUUGUAAAUAUAUUCUUUUUUAUAUGUUAAAGUAGCCCCGACUGUACGUGAAAGACAGCCUAAAACUAAACAAUCAGAAGACCAGCUGCUUGCAUCAUCCACAGUAUAUGCUAAGUGUAACUACCAUUCAUUAUUACUUUUUCAGACCCACCUGAUUAACCCGCCCACUCCCCCAUAUGUUCAACUAAAGCUACUUCAACAAUUGCAACACGUCUCAAUCAUCGUCCAUCUCCCUCCUGUCUGGCGUGGCCGCUCUCUCUGACCCGGGUUGACUCCCCGUGUCCCACAAAAUGUUUCCAAAUGAAAUUCAUAUCAAUGUGUGUGUUAGCGUGUGUGUUUUCUUCUCUCUGCAGCGUGCUCUAAGCCUCUCUCCGACGGCGUCUUUUCACAGUUCACUAGCUCAGAUUCAUGCAUUAGAGCGGCUUUUAAAAGGGAAGCCUGUUCAUUCGCCUCACAAAGUGAUACGGGUUUAACUCCCAGUAACAGAUUCUGAGACAGUGUGCGUGUUCGUGACUUUUGGGGAUUACAGUUUUUUAUUUUCUGCAUCGCUCAUCCUGAAAUGAAUCUGGCUAUAUGAGUUAUGAUAAUUUUUGAGCACAGCUGCAAAAGGGGGAAGGCCAGGCGACCUUGGGUAGGGGCUAUAUUUAUAGUAAGAAUGAAAGAUUGGAACUGAGAAAUGAAGAAAGAAAUGGAGGGAGGAAGAGAGCAAGACCUUGACCAGACAGAAGAGUCAUUCAAAUGAAAUUGGAAGCAUAUGAAAAGUGAGGGAUUUUUUUGUACCUAAAUGCACAUCUACUGGCCACAUCUUAUAACGUACGGUCAGAGUGAGACAGCGAGCGUGAGAGGGAGGGAGACAGCAAAGCCACAUGAAAGGAGAUUGAGACUCAUCUUUCAUUUUAGUGCUGCAAUUCUCAAUCACCAAAAUCAUCUUCACUUGAAAGUUUGACCUGCUUUUUUUGCCCUUUGUCUGGUUUCCAUCUGCCCCAAAACAUACUUGUUUUCAUAGAAAAAUCAUUAUUACUGUAUCUUGAAUGCAAAUUCCUCUCUUUGUGAUAUUUUUAAGAAAGGAAAUGAUGUUGAGGUCACAGCAGCACUCCAUAAGCUAUUCAAUUGCAACCUAGUUCAGUACUUUUUUUUAGAGAAAUAACACAAAAAGAGAUAGUCUGAAGAGCUGCUUUCAGCUUGCUUACACAUGUUGAUGCAUGAGUGCAAAAAUCCAGAUCCUUUUGUGAACGCACAGUGUAUUCAUACGAGGGAAACUCAGUCUGAGAAUCAGGCCAAAAAGAGCCAUACAGCUACAAAAUAUAUCACCUUCCAGUGACGACUAGUGCAACCCUGAGAUCUAAAUCACACAUGGACAUUCAGUCUUACGAUAUGUUUACAGUGUUGAAGUAUGCCAUUAAUGAAAUACUCUGUGUAAGUGUUUAAAAUGAUAAUAAAGUAUUGUUUUCUCCAAUGUUCUUUCAAAUGUUUUGAAUGCCAUAGCAGUUUUGUAUGAUUAUCCUGGUGGAGGGAUUUUAUCUUCAUGGAUAUGUUUCUGUAUGAUUACUUGUUCACUGUAAGGGAAGACAAUUUUUAAAAUGUCAUGUUGCAGAACCAUGCCAAUUUUUUUUCCUAUCAUGAGUGGUGUCAUUAUUGACCUUUUGUUUCCUCCAUUUUUUUUUUUUUUAUUUAAUUUUUUUUUUAAUUCUGUUGUUGGUUUGGUGAAGCUAUCCUUCAAGGAUGUAAAACAAAAUGAUUAAAAAGAUUAAGGAUGAUCCUAAAGGAAGAACCUUCGGCAGGGGAACAUGAUGCUUUGCAGGAACGCUUUCCCAAAUCCAUUCUUUGAGACGUUCAUGAACUGUGUGUUUUUUUUCCUCAUGGUCGGUUGAAGGUCUUGUGAUGGCACUUACAACUGUAAUUUUGAAUACAUUUUCAUAUUUCACUUUUCACAACUUUCACUUACACUCUUUGUACAAAAUAGUUUCCUUGGUCUUUUGGGGGGGAGUGCAUCAUUGUGAAAAAAAAGUGAUUUCAGAACAGUACACAUCUGCUGUUUUGGACAUAUAUGUAUUUUUGUAAUGUGUUGAAAAAUCAAUACAAGAAAGCCAACACUUCAAUAAAUGUUGCAAUUGCUCUAUG